ACCUUCCAACUCCAUCUAGUGGCGCUGAGGAUAGGGUGUCGCCGAGGAUGGGGUGUCGCCUGUUCUUUAUAGUCCCUGUCCUCUCUGCAGCAGCUUACGUCGUACUGUGAUCUGCACUGGUCGUGGGGGUCGUAGGCACUACCCAGGGAGACCCAGGAAGCCUAGAAAUGGACUCAGUGGCCUUUGAAGAUGUGGCUGUGAGCUUCAGUCUGGAGGAGUGGGCUUUACUGGAUCCUUCACAGAAGAAGCUCUACAGAGAUGUGAUGCAGGAAACCUUCUGGAACCUGACCUCCAUAGGGGGGAAAUGGGAAGAUCAUGACAUUGAAGAUCAGUACAAACACCAGGGGGGGAAACAAAGAAGUGAUAUGGUGGAGAGAAUCUGUGAAGGGAAAGAGGGUAGUCAACAGGGAGAAAACUUCAGCUUUUUUCCAAAUUUCAGUCUGAAGAAAAAAACUGUUCUUGGAGUAAAACCCUGGGAAUACAGUGUGUGUGGGGAAGUGUUCAUGCAUCAGUCAUCCCAUAAUAAGCACAUCAGAGAUCACACUGGAUACAAGCCCUCUCACUAUCAGAAUUGUGGAGAGAAGCCAUAUAAAUGCAAAGUAUGUGGGAGAGCCUUCAGUUACCCUCAGUGUUGUGAAAAACAUGAAAGAACCCACACUGGAGAGAAACCUUAUCAGUGUAAACAAUGUGUUAAAGCCUACAUGUAUCACAGUGCCUUACAAAAACACCAAAGAACUCACACAGACAAGAGACCCUAUGAAUGUAAGCAACGUGGUAAAGCUUUCAGUUCUCAUCUAGGUUUUCAAAUACAUGAAAGGAGCCACACUAGUGAGAAACCCUAUGAAUGCAAAAUGUGUAGUAAAGCAUUCAGUUGUCUCAGUUACCUUCGAAGUCAUGAAAAGAUUCAUACUGUAGAGAAACCUUAUGAAUGUAAGGAAUGUGGAAAAGCCUUCAGAUAUUAUCAUAAUUACCAAACACAUGAAAGAAAAUUUACUGGAGAGAAGCUCUAUGAAUGUAAGGAAUGUGGAAAAGCCUUCAGAUGUUAUCAAAGUUUUCAAAAACAUGAAAGAAUUCACACUGGAGAGAAACCCCAUGGAUGUAUGGAAUGUGGGCAGGCCUAUAGAUAUUACAGUAUCUUACAAAGACAUAAAAGAACUCAUGCUGGAGAGAAACCCUAUAAAUGUAAACAAUGUGAUCAAGCCUACAGAGGUCACAGUGCCUUAUGUGCACAUGAAAGGACUCACACAGGCGAGAAACCCUACAAAUGUAAGGAAUGUGGAAAAGUUUUUAUUUCUCAUCUAGUCUUCCAAAUACAUGAAAGAACUCACACUGGAGAGAAGCCUUAUGAAUGCAAAAUAUGUAGUAAAGACUUCAGUUGUGUCAGUCAUCUUCAACGUCAUGAAAAAAUUCACGAUGGACAGAAGCACUGUGAAUGUAAGGAGUGUGGGCUAGCCUACAGAUAUUAUACUACCUUGCAAAGACAUGAAAGAAUACACACUGGAGAGAAACCUUAUGAAUGUAAGAAAUGUGGGCUAGCUUACAGAUAUUCCAGUACCUUACAAAGUCAUGAAAGGAUUCAUACUGGAGAGAAACCUUAUGAAUGCAAGGAAUGUGGGAAAGCCUUCAGAUGGUAUCAAAGUUUUCAAACACAUGAAAGAAAUCACACUGGAGAGAAACCAUAUGAAUGUAAAACAUGUAGCAAACGAUUCAGUUGUCUCCAUUAUCUUAGAAAGCAUGAAAGAAACCACACUGCAAAGAAAUGCUAUGAAUGUAAACACUGUAAUAAAACAUUUAGGUAUCCCAGUGAUCUUCAAAAUCAUGAGAGAAAUCACACUGGAGAGAAACUCUUUGAAUGCAAACAACGUGGGAAAGCUUACAGAGAUCACAGUUCCUUACAAACACACAAAAGAACUCACACUGGAGAGAAACCCUAUGAAUGCAAACAAUGUGGGAAAGCCUUCACUUAUCACACAACCUUUCGAAGACACAUGGCCACACACACUAAAGAAAAAAUCUGUCACUCAGGAACGAGGGGGCGCUGCCUUGUGAACUGCCCAAUCAGGGAUAUCACUGGGGCCGGUGGGUGGGGCGGCACACCCAGAAGUCUGGGUCACCCCAACUCAACUCAGAGGUGCUGCGGGUGUUGGGUAUCUUUCCCCGCAAGGUUUUUGGUGAGUUUUCCGCAACCUGUGUCUUCUGUGAUCUGCACUGACCCUGAGAGUCCUGCGCAAGACUGGGGAGACCCAGGAAACCUAGAAAUGGACUCCCUGGCUUUUGAGGAUGUAUCUGUGAACUUCAGUCUGGAGGAGUGGGCUUUACUGGAUCCUUCACAGAAGAAGCUCUAUAGAGAUGUAAUGACAGAAACCUUCAGGAACCUGGCCUCCGUAGGAAAAAGAUGGGGAGAACAUGACAUUAAAAAUCAGUACGAAAAGCAGAGGAGAAAAUUAAGAAGUCCAAGGGUAGUGAGAAUCUGUGAAAGUAAACAGGUUAAUCCAUGUGGAGAAAAGUUCAGCCUUAUUUCAAAUCACAAUCUGAAGGAAAAAGCCACCAGAGUGAAACAGCAUGACUGCAGAACAUGUGGAAAAGUUUUUGUGUCCCGUUCAUCCCUUAGUAGGCACAACAGAUGUCACACUGGAUACAAAGCAUAUGAAUUUCAAAAAAAUGGAGAGAAGCCUUAUAAGUGUAAAGAAUGUGUUAAAGUCUUUAGUCACCUACUGUGGUUGGAAAAACAUGAAGGAACCCACAAUGAAGAGAAUCCCUAUGAAUGUCCAAUAUGUGGUAAAGCCUUCAGGUCUUCCAGAAAUGUUAAAGUACAUGAAAGAACUCACACUGGAGAGAAACCCUACGAAUGUAAAAUAUGUAGUACAGCAUUUAGGUAUCUUAGUGAUCUUCGAAGACAUGAAAGAACUCACACUGGAGAGAAACUCUAUAAAUGUAAAAUAUGUGGUAAAACUCACAGAGACCACUGGACUUUUAAAAUACAUGAGAGAGUUCAUACUGGAGAGAAACCCUAUGAAUGUAAGAAAUGUGGUAAAGCCUACAUAUCUUUCAGGUCUUUAAAAAGACACAAAUCAACUCAUACCAUGGAGAAACCCUAUGAAUGUAAACUAUGUAAUACACCAUUUAGGUAUGUCAGUGAUCUUCAAAGACAUGAAAGAACUCACACUGGAGAGAAACCCUAUGAAUGUAAAAUAUGUAGUACAGCAUUUAGGUAUAUCAGUGAUCUUCGAAAGCAUGAAAGAACUCACACAUGAGAGGAACUCUAUAAAUGUAAAAUACGUGGUAAAGCCCACAGAGACACAAAAAUACAGACACAAAAAACUCACACUAUGGAGAAACCCUAUGAAUGAAAAAUAUGUAAUAUAACAGGAAGAGACAUACUUUGCACUCUAGCAGGAAAGUGUUUUUACUACCCAAACAGGUGUAAGAUUUCUCCUAACCCAGCAACAAGACCACCCACUGGGAACUGUGAAAACUCAGUCAUCGAAGAGUCCUCACAAUGGACUUUGAUUCAAAGCACCCCUUCCAAACUUACUCCUUUUUCUCUAUAAAGUAACAUUUUUCUCAUUUGUUUGUUCAACCUGCCUAUAGAUUUUGCUCUGGUAUGUUUGCACCAAGACACAGUUCUCUGCUGUUAUCAAAUAAACACACUUUACUAGUUAAAUAGUUGGAUU